AUGGACAGGAAGCACAAAGGGAAUGGCCGGGCUCUGGGAAGGCAAGUACUGCUUCUCUCAUUAUUGUCUUUCUGCAGCUGGGCUGCUUCAGAGCAGAUUCAGUAUUCCAUACCCGAAGAGAUGCCAAAGGGUUCUAUUGUGGGUAACCUUGCCAAAGAUUUGGGUCUGAAUGCCAGAGAACUAGCACAGCGUAACCUACAUGCUGUCUCUGUGGAUGAUAUGCAAUAUUUCACAAUCAGUGCAGAGAAUGGAAAACUCUAUGUGAAUGACAGAAUAGACAGGGAAGGGAUUUGUGACACAGCUGCACUUUGCCUUGUUAAUUUUGAGGCAGUGGUUGAAAACCCUCUGAAUAUUUUUCAUAUUACUGUAGUGAUUCAAGACAUUAAUGAUAAUGCACCAUAUUUUGCAAAUGAAAACAUCAAGUUGGAAAUAAUUGAAUCCAGUUUACCAGGCACAAGGUUUCUUAUUGAGAAAGCUAAAGAUCCUGACAUUGGUAUGAAUUCUCUUCAGAAUUACCAGAUCAACCCCAACCAGUAUUUCACUGUGGAAGUUAAAGAGAGUAAGGAUGGGGGGAAAUUUGCAGAGUUAGUACUGCAGAAAAUGUUGGAUCGUGAAAGGGAACACUCUUUCCAAUUGACUCUUGUAGCGCUAGACAGUGGAGAACCAAGAAGAACUGGUACUGCUCAAAUAUGGAUUGAUGUCACUGAUGCUAAUGAUAAUUUCCCCAUAUUCACACAAGAACUUUAUAAGGUCAGUUUGAAGGAAAAUGUACCUGUUGGUUCGUUUGUACUCCAGAUUGUGGCCUCUGAUGAUGAUGAAGGUCCAAACGCCCAGAUCACGUACCAAUUCAGGAACAUACCACUAAGUGACCAACAGAAAUUCAGCUUGGAUCCCAGGAAUGGAACUAUAACACUAGAAGGGCAAUUGGACUUCGAAGAAACCAAAGAAUAUAGUAUUCGAGUUGCAGCAAAAGAUGGAGGAGGAUUAGUGACCCACUGCAACAUCGAAAUAACAGUUCUUGAUGAGAAUGACAACUCCCCAGAGGUGAACAUUGUUUCCCUGUUUAACCCAGUCCCUGAAGAUUCCCUUCCUGGAACAUUAAUUGCCUUGAUCAAUGUAAAAGACAAAGAUACAGGGGACAAUGGGAAAGUUACAUGCAACCUAGAAAAGCAUUUACCAUUCAAGAUUAUUCCCUCUUCUAAUAAUUACUAUAAGCUGCAGACCGACAGUCCUUUAGACCGAGAAAAGCAUUCUGAAUACAAUAUUACAAUCACAGCCAGUGACCAAGGGACACCUGCACUCUCCACAAAUAAAACCAUCUCAUUACUUAUUUCAGAUAUCAAUGACAAUGCCCCUUCUUUUGAGAAACCAUCCUACACCAUCUUUGUGCCAGAAAAUAACCCUUCUGGUGCUUCCAUAUUCAAUGUGGAAUCCUUGGACCCAGACAUGGACCAAAACUCACGAAUCACAUAUUCCAUCCUCCAUAGCAACAUCAAGGAGCUCCCCAUCUCUUCAUACAUCUCCAUUAACUCUGAGACUGGAGCUCUCUAUGCCCAGAGGUCCUUUGACUAUGAACAGUUCAGAGAGUUCCAGCUUCAAGUGAGGGCCCUAGACAGUGGUUCUCCCCCUCUCAGCAGCAAUGUCACAGUGAGGGUGUUCAUUUUGGAUCGGAAUGACAACAGCCCACGGAUCCUGUCCCCUUCACAAGAAGCCAAGGGCUCAGCCUUGUUUGAGAUGGUACCUCGUUCUGCUGAGGCAGGAUAUCUGGUCACAAAGGUGGUGGCUGUGGAUGCUGAUUCUGGACACAACGCCUGGCUUUCCUACCAUGUCAUUCAAGCCACUGAACCAGGAUUCUUCACUGUUGGUUCUCACACUGGUGAAAUCAGGACCACAAGGGCCUUUGUGGAGAAAGAUGCUGCGAAACAGAAACUGGUCAUCUUGGUGAAGGAUAAUGGCCAGCCAUCACUCUCAGCCACUGUGACGCUGAACUUGGUGUUUGCCGAGAACUUUCAGGAGGCCCUUCCAGAAAUGAAGAACCAGUCCAGGAGCUCUGACUAUCAGUCCGACCUGCAGUUCUACCUGGUGCUGGCCUUGGCUUUGAUGUCAUUCUUGUUUCUCUUGACAGUGAUCCUGGCCAUUCUGAUGAAGCUUCGGCGAUCAGGGAAUCCCAAAUUCCUGCAGUGCUUUGCUCCUGUUCCCCAUUCAAAGGCUGGAGCCAUCUUCCCACCAAACUUUGAAGAUGGGACUUUGCCUUAUUCCUACCAGCUGUGCCUGUCCUCAGAAUCCAGGAAGAAUGAGUUCACUUUCCUGACCCCCAAUAUUCAGAUUGCAGACAAUAUUCUAUGCAACAACACAUCUGGUGUGCCUAUCCUUAAUAAUGGAGAAAAAAGUUUAAAUUCUGAGAUGGAGAGUACGGACAAGGUAUAG